GGGGCUCCUCGAAGGAGAGGGCAGAAACAAACAUUGGCCUUGAGUCCGACAGUAAAGACAGAUUGGAUUUAGGUUUGUCAAAAGCUUGACUCUGUGUGGAAAAGUCUCUUGUUUGCAGUGUUCAACCUCAUACCAGAGACCUGUAAUCCUGUGGAGCAGGAGACUGUGACUACUGAGGGACCACAGAUCCCCUGUUCACUCUGUGUCUCUCAGGGAAUAGUUGUACGCUGAUGGUCCUUCUGUGCCGGUGUCUUUCAGCCAGCUGAUGUGGAGAGGCUGUUGGUUUGGGCAGUUGUGGCCCUGCAGCUGGCUGAGCCAUGGGGAACGAGACCAGCACAACUGAGGCGUUGCCAGAAGAGGGCGAUCCAGAAAGUGUUGUUCUGUUUCCACCUCAGGAAAAUCAAAAUGACUCCCUACUACAGGCUGAAGCUCAUGCUGAGAGUUUGACCCAGAGGGACAACAGAGCGCUUCGGACUGAAGCCUCGCCCAGCCAGCAGAGUCUGCUGUCUCAACCAGUGCUCCCAGACAUCCCAGUCAUCACCGGAGAGGAGAGCGGAGGUGCAGCUCGAGAUCAGGAGGAGCUUGAGUUUCCUCAUGACCUGCUGCCCAGUCUAGACUUCAGUAGUGAGCUCAACAUCUGGGAGUCCUCGCUGGGAGCUCAGACUAGCUCAGGUAAGAGGAAAUGUAAGCAGGUGGACCCCCUGCUGGCGGGCCCGCAGCAUCACACGGAAGUCAGUCGACCACCGGUGGUCCUAGAUGCAAGGCCUCAUGACAGCGACCCAGUUCUCACAGAUGGUCAGCCUUCGCCACGGCCCGCUGCCGCAUCUGACACGGGUGUCCGACCCUCGACGCCUUCCCUAUCUGUGCUCCUAGAUCGGGAACUCAAACAGGCCAUCCAGGAAUGUGAAGAACAAAUGGCCUCACUGGGCAUACUUAAUCCUACAGGCCCCCCCAGCAUCACGCCUGGGAAGGUUAAUGAUGUAGGGAAGAAAACUGGAGAAGUGAUGGUUAAUAAAUUCAAUGAGUCAUCGCCACUGCCUCCAAUCAUAGUCCAGCCAGGACAUAGCAACGGGGGCCAUGGAAACAAGGGUACACAUGGAAACAGUGAGACAGCAAGCAGUCAGAAAGAUACAGUUGUGUUUAGUUUCAGGAAUUACAUACUGGGCGUUGAGAAUAGUGCCGGUGCAGCAGGGACGGAGAGUGAAAAAAAGGCAACACGGAGCUUUGAUAAAUGUCCAGAGAUUAAGACAGAAAAAGAAAUGGAGAUAAAUGAGCAGAAGGAAGCACUCACACAUACUCAAUUAGAAACAACAACAGAUUUAUUUAAGGAAACUCAAGAAGAAGUUGCAUUUUCUGAGCAGAGAGACCGUUAUAGAGAGGAACAUGUUGAUUCUAAAGCUGGCAUCGAGGAAAAUGGCACUCUAGAUUGUAAUGCAGUAAUUAGGGAGAAAGACACAGAGGCAAUAACAGAGAUUGUAGACAUAAAGAAAGAAAAGUGUGACGAGUCCAGUAUUACCAUUCAAACGGGAAAGAAAGAUGAAUCAGUUGAUGAAACAUCAGAGUGCAAUAGUCUUCCUUUAAAGGAUAAAGAUGCAUUGUCAGAGAUGCAGAGUUCUCCAUGUGACAAACAGGCUGGGCAGGACAAAAAGGCAAAGAAGAAAGACAAAAAGAAACAAAGGAAAAAGAAAAAGAUAGAAGAGAAGAACACAGAGACUGGACAGAAAGCAAAGGCAUUAGUACAACCUGACAAUGAAUUACAGGCUGUGUCUCUCAUAAAUGCAGGAAACCACAUAGAUUCAACAGCAAAUACAGAAUCUGUGUCACAGGCAGCUCUGACUGUGAUUUGUGGGCAACAGCCUGAUAAUGGGUUUGCCUCCAAGCAACAGCUGAGUCCCGGGGGAAAGCCCAGCCCCAGCCCCCCACUAUCAUCCUCUCAUAGCAGGCAGGAUCAUCUUACUGCCUGUUCACCUGCGUCCAACCAGGCUCUUUCACAGAGGCCUCAUCAGUCAGAUAACCACAACCAUACAGACGCCCCAUGUGGCAUGAAUCACAGCUCGGAUGAAAGCCCACAGCCGAAGCAACAUGCAACCGGAGGUGUCACAGACAACCAAAAUACAACCAUGACACAUGUCCAAACUACAGUUAUCAAUCCAGCUGCUUCUGCUGAUAAUAGAUCAGAUGCACAAACACAGGAGUUAACUAUAGUUACCUCAGAAGCAGUGAUACUCACACAGGAGAAUCACAGCCCACUCUCCAACAGCCGGACUUGUGUGGGAGAGAGCAGUGUGGAGAGUGCCCUUGAAGAGCCUUUAGUGGUGGUUGCUGCGUUGCCACUGGCAACACCCAUGAUGCCAGAAGUGAUAGAAAGCAAGGGAGAGGGAGAAAGCAUGAGGCGUGAUUCAUUGGAGAGAGUAGUUGCUGUAGCAGUCGCAGAGAGUGAGAAAGCAGUAGGAGAGAAAGAUUUAGGGGGAAUAGAAAAGUGCCUCAGCUCUGCAGACGAAGAGAAAGAAGGACUCCUGGACAGCCUUCCUCAGCUCGCAUUAAUUUGUUCACAGGGAAAAUGCUCACUUGCAUUUUCAGCCAAAGAGGGACAGGCUGCAUCUGAGGAAAGCUGCAGCAGCAAAAUGCCACACAACUCGGCUAAGACAGAAAUGAAGGGACCGGGAGAGACAAGCAUUCGCAGUGCAGACACCGGGAUCUCACCAGCUGAAGAGGGAGACAGAGAAAUGGAGCCACUCUGGUUAGAAGCCUAUAUCAAUACUUCUCCCUUUGGGCUACUCACUGGUCCUGAUUGUCAGGAUUACAGCGCUGUGGGAUUGGAGGAAGCAGGAAGAGGGGGAGGAGGAGGGGAGGUGGGAGAGAAAGGGCGGUUGGCUGCAGAGCACAGUUCAUUCAGCCAGCCAGAAGGCUCUGCUAGUGGGGUGUCAUCAGCCGAUACAGAGACGCGUCCGCCCACUGAUGUUGCCGAGUCACAGCUGAAGUCACAGAGCUGGAGUGAGCCGAUUGCUACCAUCCCUGAGAGCAUCUGCACUGAACAGGACCGUCUUUCUCAACCCUGCCAAGAACAGCAUGGCGCAGCCAUCUCACCUCUCCCCACUAACCCUGAACAGAGUUCCAGCGAUACAAACAGAGGGGUAAGGGCUGAUCUCAAACAGAAUUUAAUUUCAGAAGAAGCAUUGUCUUUGGGACACAUUUGUAAGGAAUCAUCCAUCACAGAGACGGAGAGAAACAACGGCCAAGUCUUGCUGUCUCUAAUCUCACCUCAGCUUCUGACUACUUCACAACAAAUCUCAGUCGAGCGACAAGCGAGUAACAUUCAACAGGUCCAGCCUGAAAGUAGCACAACAGAAACCAGCACAGCCGUAAGUGCAGCAGCAAAGUUCCAAGUCCAGACACAGAGCAAUAGUGGUGCUAUGUCUGGAGUGGGUGUGUACGUAUGUAACAGAAGUAGAGGCAACAACAGAGUUCACUUUGCGGACACUGUGAAACAAGAAAGCAGUUCCUCUGUGGAUCUCAGGAACAUGUCGGUACCAGCUAUGGACUGCGCCUCUUUGCCUCCGCUGACUGUACAUGAGAGUUUGCACCAUCCCGUGGUUGAGGCCAGCUACACCUUCCCAGAAUUUCUCAGCUUGAAGAAGCCAGAAAUCCCUGCAGAUGCAACUCCUACCAAGGAUGAAUUAGCAAUACGGAGCUCAGCCGACUCUCCGAAGCCACAGAAAGAUGUCCAGUUGAAUAAAGAAGAUAUGGGGACCAAAGAUACCAAGGAGAACAUUAACAUAGAUCAGUCAGGUACCAACAACUUAAAGACAAACGCAGUGGAUUUACAGUCAGCGACUGAGGCCUGCACAAAACAGCUUCCAUGUCCUACCGAGAAGAAUUGGACUGGUGACGUUCUACAAACCGCAGAAAGUGCCGUUUCUGAGGCUGAUCAUCCAACAGUUGAACAGGUGUCAGCAAAGGUGACAAAGCAAUUAGAGGCGGAAACAGAGAAGGAUGGUGUAAGUCUGUGUUUGUCAACUGAGAAAGAGAUAGAUAAGUUACAUGCUGCGUCUAAAGGGUCAGUCAAGGCUGGCCAGCCCCAGGAGUCCCCUUUAAUAUGGGAUGCUACUGAAGGUAACCUACAUCCUCUCUCUUCAUGUUCUGUGCUUCCAGCUGACGAUGUUACCUGCAAGCCUUUAAGUGAUGUCUCCACUGAGUUACCUGUUGGUCAGCUCUCUACGGACCUUGACCCCAGUUCAAAAGCCGAAACUGUGAUCUGCACAGCCUCUCUUCAGACAAAGCCUAGUCACCCCAGUUAUCAGCCUCCCACCCAAUUAGAUCAAACACCUCCUCGUAAACUGGUUACUACAGAUCCCAUGAAAGCUAGUGAGGAGUCGAAGCCCAUCAUUUGCUCUGCUAAUCUGACAAAGGAUGAAUCGGCAACUUCAGAAGUGACAGCCUCUGACCAGUCAAUUCCUGUUAUGGAGCAAUUUGCCGGUAAUUCUUCUUUUGUGCUGCAGCCUCCUGGUCCAAUGUUGAGUCACUUGGAGUUAAUUUCAGACUGUGAUAUCUCUCUUCCUGAGCAGACAGAUAACGGCAGUGCUGAUAGUGACCGCACCAAAGUCUCUGGAGAGGUGGAUGGCAACAAGAGCAGGGAAAUGACACAAAUCUCUUUAGCACAGGAUCUGGAGUACGGUGAUGUCAACGUUAAAGCAGAUGAGACUUGUCCAAAACUGGAGGAUAGAAAUGACGCUAAGGAGACUGUCGUUGAAUUUGAGUUUUCUGCGAUUAACAAUGUAAAUAUUCCAUUUUCACAAGAGGAAAAUCUGUCUCCUCCUCAUCCCCCUGGUGCAGUGGGUGUACUGGCAAAGGGUGGGUCUGAUAAUGUAAUUUCUCUAUCCCACUCUGAGCCAGGCCCUGUUGACAUUAAACCUGUUAUUUGUGAAACAUCCAUUAAGGAUUAUGAUGGAAUUAAACAAGACAAUAUGACAGAGAAAAUGGGAGAUCAGACAUCCACGCUGUUUGCAGAGGAAAAGAAAAAAGUUGAAGAAGCAACAAUGGGUUAUCAAAGGGAAACAGCAGACAGCAGUAAGAUACAGACAGGAAAGACAGACACAGCACCACAACAGAGUAACGGGCAAGAUAAAGAGGCUGUAGAGGAAAUUGGAGACCUGCAGCCACAACAUAAACAUAAAGUGCAUAAGACUGAAUCACCAAUAAUAAGUGAUAUAAAGGAAGUAGAAAGGAAGAGUGGCAUUGCAUCUGAAAGACAAACCAAGACUUCUUCCUUAUCUUCUGACAGACCUGCUGGGUCAUCUGAGGACAUGCUAAGUGCUGAGGUAGAUUCUGGUAGUGAACCUCAAACUGUUCAUGAACAGAUUUUGCGCCAAACUCUGACAGCAACGCUGGAAAGCAGCUCCGACAGGGACACGGCACCAGAUUUGAAUGCAGCUCUUGGCCAAUCACAGUCCACACCAGAGCCCAACUGUUUUGCUCAGCAACAAGAGCAACAGCAGCCGUGUUUGUACUACCUACAGUGUCUGGGAUCCAGACAUCCCACACAGGAAUUGUCAGGUGGCUGUCUAGAGGGGGCAGAAAAGACUAACAGUCAGGUCAGGCAGACCCAAGCACUGGUUCCAAGUGUGAAAGGGGUAGCAGAGGGAGGAGACGGCUCUGUUGGGAGUUUGCGUCAGUCAGGAAGCAGCGAUGAGUUGACAGGGGAUGACAGCAAUGAACAAGUGAUGGGUGAUGGAGAGGGAGCACAAGCAGGGGUUGAUGUGCUGUUUCACCUUGCCAGUGAUUUAAAUAAGAGUAGAAGCGCUGCUGAGAGAAAUGCCUCGACUGAAAUAGGGAGUGUAACAACUGGCUCUUAUGUAGAUGAGACAAGACAGAGGAUGGAUGAGAAUGAAAGCCCUGCGUUAGGGGUAGUUGGGUCAGAUACAGACACUGAGUUUGUGAGUGAUCUGGUUGGUAAAGGUCAGCAAAAAGGCAAUCUAUCAGCUGCCUGUCAAGACCAACAUGGAAAACCUGAGACCUCGAAGAACACUGCUGUAUGUGUUGAGUCUGCACCACAGGAACAUGAGACUUCACCUUUCCAGAUCUCUGUUUCAUCAAAGGUCAGCACAGAUAGUCAUGGCAUUCAUACAGCAGUUAUUCCAAGUGCAAACCAGGCUGAAGAAAUUCACACAAAGAUAUUCAGUACUCUGGUUGGCCAACCCGAAACUGUGGAAAAGGAUUUCAGUGCUGCCACGACUGUGAAAUGCAACGUUAGUCAAACUGAGGAGUGUGAAAUUCAGGAUACAGUGUGCAGGCCUCUCAAGCUACAAAGCUUCAGUAAAAGCUCCGCCACACAAAGCAGCCCAGUAGUACAAACACCCAUAAAAGGCCCUGAUGUAGAGGAGAUCACAAAGGAAGAUAAAGCACCUUUGGAAGAAGAGAAAGCUAGCAGCCAGGGGAAAGGACAAAGUGAGAUAAAAGCAUUAAACAAUGAAGCAGUGAAUAAACAGGAGGUCAAAAAUCCAACCGUGAGUGCUAUAGACAGUGGCUCAACUGGUCUUUCUAAGGCAACAGAAAAUGACAAUGAUAUAAAAGAUAAAACAAGUCUUGAUGUUAUCACAGGCCCAUCUGUUGUUUCGUCAAAGCGUCCGAGAGAUUUUGCAUCAACCCCUCCUGCAGCCCCUACCCAGUCAGAGAAGCCACAUGAUCAGGUGUCUUUGUCAAAGCCCCAAGACGAUACUGCGGUUAACCUCAGUGUUGCCGAUUCCCACCAUGAAGGAAUAUCAUCUGAAAAAGCUCCUAUUGAACAAGUGUCUGUGAACACAGAGGGUGCCGAUGCGUCAGAGAGUCCGGCUCCUGGACCUCCAGCUCGAGAACCAGACACAAACUGGAUACAAGCUCUAAAAGAAGCUGCAUCCCAAUCUCAGAGUAAACAAGAGACAUCAAGACCCCUCCCAUCUCUGGAGUCUCCUCAACUAGAGUUUCUUACUCCGACUGAGGAGAUAGCUGCUCCUCUGAGACAGGAGGAGAGCCCACCACCGGAGCAAGCAGCAGAGAAGACAACAGAGAUCCCACCUCUGAAUCUUGUGAAGAAGCCAGUGGAUCUUCCUGAACCUUUAAAAAAGACAGUAGAGCUCCCAGAGCCAACACAGCGGACAGUAGAGCUCCCAGAGCCAACACAGGAGACAGUAGAGCUCCCAGAACCAACACAGCAGACAGUAGAGCUCCCAGAAGAAACAAAGAAAGUAGAGCUCUUAGAACUAACCAAGAAAGAAGAAGAGCCUCCAGAAGAGCUCCCAGAACCAAAAAGGGAGCCAGUAACUUCUUCAGAAAUAGUGAAGGAGCUAGCUGAGCUACAGGAACCAACGAAAAGCACAAAAGAGCUCCCUGAACCAACGAACAAUGAAGUGGAGUUCCCAGAACCAACGAAGAAUAAAGAACCAGAACCAACAAAGACAACAACAGAAGAACCAGAGAAGAAGCUGAUCAGUGAGCUUCCAGAGGAGCUAGUGGAAAAACCUGUAGAGAUCCCAGCUGAGGAGCCAUUGAAAGUGCCAGCUGAGGAAACUUCAGCGACAGAAACAGUCCAGGACCCUGCUGAGGAGCUUCAGGACAGCGGGUCCUCCCUCACUGAGCAGGCAGAAAGAGGUGACCGUGCCCCUGCCUCUUCCCCACCUCCUACCUCCGAAUACCACUUCCUGCCUGCCCUCCCACCUCACCUCCAAGACACCACCGAAUUUCCCACUCCUCCUCCCACACCACCGGAAAGGCACACUUCUGAAGCUCUACCAGCCCCACCUGUAUCUCCCUGCUUUCCUCCCCCUCCAGCCCCUGCCUCCCCUCCUGUACCUCCUGCUUACCAGGGUGAGGACCACUGCCCUGCUUCUGCACCCUGCCACCCUCCGUUAAGGAGUUCAGACUCUGAUGGAGGGUUUGAGACCCCUGAAUCCACAACUCCAGUGAAGACAUUUUCUCCCAUAGAUCCCCCAACCCAGCAACUAACGUCCGAUGAAAAAGUAGCAGACACCUCUGUCAGUGACCCUGCCUCUGAAUUGACUUCAGCUGAUGCACCAUGCCGUUCCCCGUCCAUUGUUUUUGAUGAGAACAAGCCCAUUGCAGCCAGUGGCCAAUACAACAUUGAGGUUGUUGGAGAUUCAACAAAUCACACUCUGACCCGUUCACUCAGCUUCCAGGAAGGAGAACUAGACAGCGCUGGUCUGUUGGACGGAUCAACAGUGGGGGGCUUCCGUCCACAUUCGGAAUCCUUCAGCGUAGGGACCGGGAGUGCCCCAGGGACGCUCCACAGGCCCAAGAAAGUCCGUCCUGGGUCUGUGAAGAAGAAGCCUCUUCUCAGACAGAAUUCUAACCCAGACAGUCCAAAGCCAGCCUCAUCCAGCAGCUCCCCGGAGAUCAAGAAGCGGGCAAAGCCUCAAACUGCCAGCCCUCUCCAGCCUCAGGAGGAAGCAGAGGGGGGAUCUGCAACCCCGAGCCCUGGAGGAACCCUCCGCAGGCCCAGGAAGAGCCGUGUGGAGACUCCUCCUCCUCUGCCAGAGGAGACCAAUCAUACUAGCCAAGACGAGAGCCCUGUCAUCCCUGCCUUACCUUUGUGCCAGGAAGAGACUCCUCUCCCUGUUAGUCCAACGGGCUUAGACGAAUCCCCCAUUCCCCCUAGUACCUCCUACAAAUGGGAUCCAGAUAAUUUUGAGAACAUCAACCCUUUCAAGACAGGAGGUAGUAAAAUUGCCAAUUCACCUGUUCUGGGUCGUAAAGGUCCUGUGUGUGCCCCCAUUGCCACCCCUCCAGAGAGUCCCUCUGUCUCUGCUGUGGAGCCUUGCGCCCCAGCUCCUCUUGAAGAGCCAAUCACCAACCCUGAAGAGCAACCCAUCAUCCCCAAGCGUCAGUCAGUAAGGCUGGAGUUUGACUACUCUGAAGAGGGCAGUGAGGCGUCACACCAGGCCUCUCCCCCUACCAAGAAAGUGGGCAAGAAGCCCGGUAAGAUGCCUCUGAGGAAACCCAGGCUGGGGCUGAAGAAGGCCCCUCCAGCACGGACGGAGCAGCUGGACAACGAUCCUCCUGCAACCCACAAUGGCAACGAGGAGGAAGUCCCUGCUCCUGCAGUCUCUUACAAGUUUGAACCUGACAAGUGGGAUGAUCCAAACUUCAAUCCAUUUACUUCUAAGAAAAGCAUCUCCAACUCCCCCAAACUAUCCAGGCCGUCUUAUUCCUUUGACACCAAUAACUUUAACGACAGUGUAGACCCUUUCAAAUCCUCCAAUAAGAUGGCCAACUCCCCUCCUAAGGCCUCUGCCUCCUUUGAACUGUCAUCCAAUGACUAUGACAAUGAAAAUGACACUGACAACAUUGGAGAACUGGAGGACCAAAAUCAGAACAAACCUUCCAAGAAGAAGAAAACUCCUAUCAAAUCGAAGUCCAGGGGUGUGUCUUCUCUAUGUUGUCUGUUUAAUACUUUCAGAGUGAAGAGGUCGCCAAAGAAAUCUCCAAUGUCUGACCCCUCCCAGGAUCUUACGCCGGCAGAUGAAGCUCCCUCCCUCCACCCACAGGACGACCACGCCACAGACGAGGAGAAGCUGGCCUCCUCCACCAGUCACAAGUGGGCAGCCCUGCCUGACAUGGAUCCAGAUUUAAACUCUGACCAGCAAGACUUCCCUCAGCCAUGCGACCUCACUUCCUUUGUUAAUGAGAACAGUCUUCCUCAUCCAGUGCAAGACUAUGAAAUUGAGUACAUGGAGAAGCUUGGCCCUGCUUCGCCUCCAGUGUCUGUGAAGAAGCCAUCUUUGUACCUGAAGUUGGAUUCAGUAUCUGACAACUUAACCAAGAAUAUGUGUGCACAUGGAUCUGAGCCCAGCUCCCCCUGCACAGGGAGCUUUGAGGAGAUGGAGGCCCAGAUAACAGCAGGUAUAAAGACACCCGUGCUGAGCUCUCGGCCUGGUCCUGAGGGCUCUGCUGGGGACAAGGGCAGGAAGAGAGAAAGCGAGGCACUCAGCCGAACACAGAGCACAGAGAGGGAUGAGCAGCCCCCUAGCCAGGGCCCCGUGGAGGCCCCUGCUCCAGUCUUGGCCAUGCCCCUUUUAGACAGGCUGUCUGAGUGUGACGACCUCCUGCACUACCUGGAGCCUGACCUGGCUGAGACCAACCCCACCGCAUUCGCCCAAAAACUACAGGAGGAGCUGGUGCUUGCUGCCCUGAGGAUAGAGGCUCUGCAGGUAGCCAAAAACAUCUCUCAGUGCCCCUCCCUCUCCACUGUAAACCCCCAGUCUCGACUCAAGAAACCCAGCACUCGGCGGUGGAAUAUCAACGGGUCACCCUUACUCAAACACAGAGACGUGUCAUCUCCAGUAGAAAGUGGCGUGUCCAUGAACUCUCUGUACGCCAGGACCACCACCAGCUACAUCGAAGGGGAGAGUCCCCACCUGCCCAGAGAACUGGACCACUCGCUGGGCAUUGCACGAGAGGAGAUCGUGACCAAGGAGAAAGAAGUGCUGGAGUGGCAGAGGAAGUAUGAAGAUAGCCGACAGGAAGUGGGGGAGAUGAGGAGGAUUGUUGCUGAGUAUGAGAGGACCAUUGCACAGAUGAUAGGCAUGCCAGAGGAUGACCAGAAGGAGAAGUCUCUCUCCCACCACACCAUCCAGCAGCUGAUCAUGGAGAAGGAUCAGGCCUUGUCCGACCUCAACUCUGUGGAAAAGUCUCUGGCUGACCUCUUCCGACGUUACGAGAAAAUGAAAGAUGUCCUGGAGGGCUUCCGCAAGAAUGAAGAAGUUCUGAAGAAAUGUGCUCAGGAGUAUUUGUCAAGGGUCCGCAAAGAGGAACAGCGCUAUCAAGCCCUGAAGAUUCAUGCAGAGGAGAAACUUGACAGGGCCAAUGCAGACAUAGCUCAUGUGCGUGCCAAGGCCAUGCAGGAGCAGGCCGCCCACCAGGCCAGUCUGAGGAAGGAGCAGAUGAAGGUGGACUCUCUGGAGCGUACUUUGGAGCAAAAGAACAAAGAGAUCGAGGAGUUGACAAAGAUCUGUGAUGAGCUGAUCGCCAAGAUGGGAAAGAGUUAGCGAACACACCAAAACUCAGAAGAAGAGCGAUUGUGGAAAAAGAAAACUACUUGGAAAAUAUAGCAGAUCGGUAAUAUUCACCACCUCUUCCAAAGACUGAUGGACAUUUAAGGCCAAAAUGGUCUUGGGGUUAAAUUGCCUACUGACUUUGUGUAUACAGGAUCCACAGGAAUGGCUUUUUCUUCUAAUCACUCUGUACAUUUUUUAUGUGUAUCAGUGUAUCGUACUGUACCGGGGGUCUGUUUUAAAGUUUUAGAAAAUGUAUCAUAUCACUAAUGUGUGUGUGUGUGUGUGUGUGUGUGUGUGUGUGUGUGUGUGUGUGAGUGAGUGAGUGAGUGAGUGUGUGUAUGAUAACGAGAAAGCCAGAGCAGCGUUUGUGGGUUAAAUGAUCUAUGAUGAGGUUGCCAUGACAGCCACUGAGGGAGAAGACAGUUUACCCGUUCCUGUUGUUGUCUCCUCUUGAUACGAAAAAAAGAUAGACUUCGAAAAAGAGUAACCGAGAUUUAGAUAUAUUCAUAAAAUGUUGAUACACCACUAAGAGAACACAAACUAUCACAAUAGCUUACUGCAUGUUGGAAAAUAAAGGAGAACUGGUCAUGUUAUACGUAUGUUUGUAUAUACUAUAGGAAAUUCCAAGUAUGUAAAAGAGUCCUCUGCAUUUUUGAUAGUUAUUCUGUCAUCCUCGGUCCGCUUCCCUCAUCUAACCUUGUAGAUAUUUGUCAUACUUGUCAUAGCUUUCUCGAGAAAAUUGUGCGACUAUUUUUUGGGAUUUUAUUUUGAUAUGAAGCUAAUUGUGACCUUAUUCAGUUGUGACCAGGAGUGAUUUAAUUUUGGAUGGAUAUGUCUUGCUGUGGUCGUGUCACACUGAGGAAUAACUUCUCUGCACAGCUGCUGUACAGCAUCUGCUUCCAAAGUGCAAUAAAAGAUGGCAAUACAGCA